AUGCAGUGGCUGUGGUGUCUUGUGGUGGUGUGUACCGUCGGCCGGCUGGCCCAUGGCCAAGACCUGCAUCAGGAUAUUCCGGUCGAGGUACCGGAAGUCGACUAUGGAAACUUUGCGACCGCUUGCUCGGUACGGAUGACUGGCGAUAUGCCCCGGCCCCAACCACUGGUCCUGAUCCCGGGAACGGCCCAGUUCCGCUACCCCAGCACGAGCAGCGGUGUGCUGCAGUUGAAUGCCGGCGAAACACUGGAACUGGCCUGUCAGCAAGGAUUCGAACUGUUUCCGGGCAAAAGCUCGAUCACGAUUGCGUGCGUCAUAAACGAUCAGUUCAACUACGACAGCCAGAUGUACGCGUUCCGCAACUUUGCCUGCACGGACAACUGGUUCAGCACUGCGCGCCGGACGGCUCAGCGAUGCUUCAACUCGGCCACGAUGGUCGAGAUUGGCUUCCAGGUUGGCACCCGGUUCCCCAAGUUUCUGGACGUGUGCCACGACGAAGUGACCCUGGACAACCAUUACGUGGUGCACGAGUUUACGCCCGCCAACGCUGGCUUCCAGACCGGCGUUCCCCGGCCCGGCUGGUACCAAGGAUCGUUCUACACCGGCAUCAACAUCAACGGACUGUACACGGUCAACACGCAACGUGCGACGCUAGCCACCAUCCUGAACUCGCAAGCCCGAGCCAACGAACUCGUGCAGGGCACGGACAAUGGGCUGUUUAUGGCCCGCGGACAUAUUGCCGCCCGGGCGGACUUUAUCUACGGUACCCAGCAGAACGGAACGUUCUGGUUCCUGAAUGCUGCCCCGCAGUGGCAAAACUUUAACGCCGGAAACUGGGAACGGAUCGAGUCGGCGGCGAAAACGUUCGUGGCCAACCGUAACAUCCGGGUACGCGUUUACGGAGGGACUUACGGAGUGCAGACCAUCGCCAACGGAAACGGUGAUCACCGGCAGAUCUUCCUCGACUUUGACGCCAACGGUCGGACGAGGGUACGCGCUCCGAUGGUUUACUACAAGAUCCUGCACAACGAAGCGGCCAACUCGGGUAUCGUCCUGAUCGGGGUUAACAACGUGCACAUUUCGCUGGCCGAAAUCCGACGGGAUUACAUUUUCUGCACGGACGUUAGCUCGCGGAUCGGGUGGAUCAACUGGGAGCGCGAGAACAUUGCCCUCGGGUACUCGUACGCCUGUGAGGUGAACGAGUUCAACCGAGUGACUGGCCACCUGCCGAACCUGAACGUUGGCACUGGUGGAUGCAACAUAAACUUCUCGUCUCUACCCACCGUGCAGCCACUGAUCCUGAUUCCGGGAACGGAAAGGUACUGGUACCCGGUGAACGAAUCCCGCUGGAUCGAGUUCCCGCAGGGCUCUACCGUUGAGCUGGUUUGUCAGAAUGGGUUCAUCUGGUUUCCGGCUCUCAACUCGAUCACGAUCGAGUGCCUUUCUGGGGAAGAGUUUCGCUUCCAGGGUCAGACGUACGCGUUUCCGCAGCUGUCCUGCAUGUCCUACUGGCUCAGUUCGUCCCGAGUGACCCAGGAGCGAUGCUUCCAGGACUCGGUGAUUGUGCAGGUCGGCUUCGAUUUGGGUUCCAACCGGUGGGUGAACGUGUUCGAAGUUUGUCACGAUGAAAGGCUGUACCAUACGCACUUUGUACGCCACAAAAUGACUCGCUUCAACGGUGGCUACCAGUCGGGAAAUCCGCGUCCCGGAUGGUACCAGGGCAACCACUACCCGGAGGUCAACAUCAACAACCUUUACACCGUAAAUAAGCAGCGCGAAACGAUCGGUGAGAUCCUUGGCUCAACGGCACGGGCCGAUGAGCUGGUCCAGAACACGGACAACGGGAUCUACAUGGCCCGUGGACACAUCGCGGCCCGUGUGGACUUUGUGUACGGUACGGAGCAGAACGCCACCUUCUGGUUCCUGAAUGCCGCGCCGCAGUGGCAAAACUUUAACGCCAUCAACUGGGAGCGCGUGGAGUCGUCGGUGCGGAACUUCGUCGGACAGCGCCACAUAAACCUGACCGUGUACAGUGGCACGUACGGGGUGCUCUCGUUGGCCGACGGUAACGGGGACUAUCGGGAGAUUAUGCUCGAUUUUAACCCUACGGAGGGCACGCAGCGAGUGCCGGCCCCGAAGCUGUACUACAAGAUCCUGCACGAUGAGGCGGCCAACGCGGGCAUUGCGAUCGUUGGCGUUAACAAUGUGCACAUCCCACUCGACGUGGUCCUGCGUGAUUACGUGGUGUGUGAGGAUAUCGGGGAUCAGGUCGAUUGGAUCGACUGGGAGCGCAAGAACCUCACGAUCGGGUACAGUUACGCGUGUGAGGUGAACGAAUUCAAUGCCGCCAUCGGGAAGCCGCACCCGCAGCUGAACGUGGCCAAAGUGCUGACGGGUGGGGCGAUGCGGGUGGUUUCGGUGGGGAUCCUGUACGCCACCCUGAUGCUGCACGGUGUUCUGCUUUUCGCGCAACGGCGCGGAGCGGCGUAA